GCCCCCAAACCGCGUGGCGAUGUGAUGAGCUGUGACUCAGAGGGGCGUCUGCUUUACCUUUAGCCGCUGAACUGAAGACAGAAGACCCCCAGCACACUGAGCGCCCCACCCCCCCCCCGUCAUGGCUGCUGGUCGUGGUCAGUUUUUCCUGAGUCUGAUUCAGGGGCUCCAGCAGGCCCGGCCCGGUGGGCUCAGAGACAGGAAGAAGAAACCUGCACGCGCUGGCAGAGCUGUUCCAGAGCUGCACAGACAGAAGAGCGAGAACACCAGACCAGCAGAUCUUCCUGUUCCCCGUCCUCCACCGCAACCUCAUCCUCCACCUCCAUGUCCUCCUCCCUCCCAACCUUCUACCGUCUCCAUGCCGCCCGUCUUCAACAAUCGUGAGAAUCACAUUGAGAGGUUGCCUCCUGAGAUCAUCCUGAAGAUUUUCUCGUAUCUGGAUGCAGAUUCUCUUCUCUGUGUCACAUUUGUCAACAGGCAGUUUUACAAACUGGCAAAUGACAACGCCAUAUGGUAUGAAUUAUACGCUCAUGAGAUUGAGAGAAAGAGGUGGAGACCCCGGCUGACCGUUCUGCCGGAGAGCCUUGCUGGGGUGCAGGACAUGCCUCCAGGCUUCUGGAAGAGGCUGACCUUCAGGGAAAUGGGAUGCCCCAAAGACACCAGUUGGAAGAAGGAGCUGAGGCACAUAAACCCGUACACAGGCAUGCCAGCACAGACGCAGCAGCUCCUCGGGAGUCUGCGUGUGAGCUGGGAGAUCACUCUCAUCCAAAAAGGAGGUCAGGAGAGUGUCUAUAAGCAGAACCACAACUUCUUCUCAGACUCGUCCGUCACUGUGUGCUGGAAGAGCGGCAUGUGGCCUCGCAUCCAACAGGUCUCCACCCUGCAGCUCCACGGAGUGAUUCGUCCAUUCACCUCCACCACCACGGACAAGCCGCAGUGGCGCUCUCUAAUCAGCAAAAUACACGUGUGCAGGACGGAGAAGUGGCAGUUCGUUGGCACAGACAAGCUGGUGAAACUGCUGCAGUUUGAUGAAGGGAUCAUUGUGGGAAUCUGGCGGGGCACGUGGACGAUCGCCUUCAUCAUGGCCAACUUGCACUUCCACAAGCUGGUAGAAAGAAGUCUUCUGGGGUCACUGUCCUGUCCCUACAGGCCACCCGAGGUCACCAUGUACGAUGAUGUGGACCCAGACUACGAUCCCCAGGGGUACACGGUGCUCAUUGUGCUUCACAAUUCAGUCAGACGCAUCAUGCAUCGGCGCUAUACCCGACUGCUGUGUAGCAGAGAUGGCGUUCGUGAUGGUUUUGCACGGCUCCGGCUGACGUCCGAACACACUCCUGUACUGGGAAGGAUCAGUUUCCCCUGGAUGGCUGAGGGAGGGCUUCAGGGCGACAUUAAGAACUGCUGCAUGAUGACGGUGACUGUACUGGACGAGAGUCAGAGGCCGCUUUGGUGCCUCAGUUCGGCCGGGUCCCUCCUGCUGUCCACCUACAACAACGAGCAGUUUGUGCUGCUGCACAGUGACGCGAAGGGCAGGGUCAGGAUGAGAUUCGUGUGGAUGCAGGACAUGCAGCAGUACUUUCUGAUCGGUCUGCACGUCUGCAUCUCUGUGACCAAACUAAACAAGCGCUUCAUGCGAGAGUCCUGCAGCUCUGAGGGACGCUAGCUUAGAUAGAACCAGCGGGUUUAGAACCGAUUCUGAGUUUACUUACGUGUUGUUCCUUUUAAAAUACUUGAAAACAAAGAUUUUUGUCAUUUUUGCCACUUAUUUUAGGAUUUACCGAAUUUUAUUUGUUGGGAGAGAUUUAGAUUUGUGAGUAAAGUUGUAUUUUUAUUUAUGUAUUUUAUUAUUUUUGCAGUUUUAGGGUUUGAGAUCUGGUCCUGAGGCAUGUCCAGAACUUUGUUUUAUUCGAAAGAUGGUUGUACGUUCUAUGAAGUUUUCAGAGCACUGUCAGAACGUACAGUGAUUCUGAUGAUGUUCUGGUUCAGAACUGAGUUUGGUGGUGUGCAUGUGGUUAGUGCCUUUUCAGUAUUGGAGUUUUGGAAAAUGUUUCUGUGUUAAGAAGUGAAUAAAUUGCACAUGAUUUGCACACGACUGAUAGCACGUAUGGUACAUUAUGCAAAAAAAA